AGGGGUUGGGGGAGGAGGCGUCGAGGCCCUGAGCUACCCUGGAGUUUUCACCAGAGGCAAAAGUCCACAGCAGGCGGACCGAGGGUGGGCGGAGGAAGGGGACCGCUUGGGGGCACUGGGAAGCCAGGGAUACUCCAGAGGAAAGGCAGGGAUACUGGCUAGUCAGUGAAGGCGAGGAGGAGCGAAGGCGAAGGGAGGAGGCGGGGUGGGAGGAGGAGUAGAAGACAAAAGCCGAAAGCGAGGAGGCCGCCGACCGCACACUGCGGCCGGGAGAGGGACCGUUGGUGCUGGGAGCCGCAGACGCCCGGAGGCCGUAGCGCACGGGGCAUCCGGGUAGACAGGCAGCAUGGGGAAGGGAGGUAACCAGGGAGAGGGGAGCACCGAGCGCCAGGCUCCGAUGCCCACCUACCGCUGGGAGGAGAUUCAGAAGCACAACCUGCGCACCGACCGGUGGCUGGUCAUCGACCGCAAGGUCUACAACGUUACCAAAUGGUCCCAGCGGCACCCGGGGGGCCACCGGGUCAUCGGACACUAUUCGGGAGAAGAUGCUACGGAUGCUUUCCGCGCCUUCCAUUUGGACCUUGACUUCGUGGGCAAGUUCUUGAAGCCCCUGCUGAUUGGUGAGCUGGCCCCAGAGGAGCCCAGCCUGGACCGUGGCAAGAGUUCUCAGAUCACUGAGGACUUCCGGGCCCUUAAGAAGACUGCUGAGGACAUGAACCUGUUCAAAACCAACCACCUGUUCUUCUUUCUCCUGCUAUCUCACAUCAUCAUCAUGGAAAGCAUCGCCUGGUUCAUCCUCUCGUACUUCGGCAACGGCUGGAUUCCUACUCUCAUCACUGCCUUUGUCCUUGCUACCUCUCAGGCCCAAGCUGGAUGGCUGCAACAUGAUUAUGGCCACCUCUCUGUCUAUAAGAAGUCCAAAUGGAACCACAUUGUUCACAAGUUCGUCAUUGGCCACUUAAAGGGUGCCUCUGCCAACUGGUGGAACCAUCGACACUUCCAGCACCAUGCCAAACCCAACAUCUUCCACAAGGACCCUGACAUAAAGAGCCUGCAUGUGUUUGUCCUUGGUGAAUGGCAGCCUCUUGAGUAUGGCAAGAAGAAGCUGAAAUACCUGCCCUACAACCACCAGCAUGAAUACUUCUUCUUGAUCGGCCCACCGCUGCUCAUCCCCAUGUACUUCCAGUAUCAGAUCAUCAUGACCAUGAUCAGACGCAGGGACUGGGUGGACUUGGCCUGGGCCAUCAGCUACUACAUGCGUUUCUUCUACACCUACAUCCCUUUCUAUGGCAUCUUGGGAGCCCUGAUUUUCCUCAACUUCAUCAGGUUCCUGGAGAGCCACUGGUUUGUGUGGGUCACGCAAAUGAACCACCUCGUCAUGGAGAUUGAUCUUGAUCACUACCGGGACUGGUUCAGCAGCCAGCUCGCAGCCACCUGCAACGUGGAGCAGUCCUUCUUCAAUGACUGGUUCAGCGGGCACCUCAACUUCCAGAUUGAGCACCACCUCUUCCCCACCAUGCCGCGGCACAACUUGCACAAGAUUGCCCCACUGGUGAAGUCUCUCUGCGCCAAGCAUGGCAUUGAGUACCAGGAGAAACCUCUGCUGAGGGCCCUGCUGGACAUUGUAAGUUCCCUGAAGAAGUCUGGGGAGCUGUGGCUGGAUGCCUACCUCCAUAAAUGAAGAGCAGUCCUCGGGGCGUCCUUGAGGAAGGGGCACAGUUGGGGUGACGGCCAGAGGGAGGGGAGGGCUUUUGAUCUGAAGGGUUCUCAUGAGACUCAAGUGUCUGCUGGCUCACAUUCUCCAUGAUUGGUCUUUCAUCCUUGUUCUCUCCCACCACACCCCCACUUAGCCUAUCCUCAUGGGGUGUCCCCUUUGUCAACUCUAGCCUGUCCCCUCCACCUCCCAGUCCCUUCUCCCACGGAGCAGGAGAGAGGUGGCUGUAGCAGACAAAUUAUGUCUCCGCCCCUAACUUCUGCACCUAAAGAUCCCUGGUAUAAGACUCUGCACCUUGCGGCAUAGCCACCAGGCCCUAGUCCCCACCCCUUUCUGUCCCACAGACACUCUGGGGGUCUACAGGUCAGGGUCCAGGAUUUGGCUCUACACUCCCUGUCAGCCUUAUGGCCUAGUCAUCUUGGUGAAGACCAGCUUUGCAUUCUGGGUGUCCUUUCCAUGGCUGGGAUCGGUACCUAGGGCCUCCCUCCAGCUGCCCAGGGCCAGCACAGACCUUGAGGCCCAAGGAGAAGCCCUCCCAUGCCCACCAUUGCAGCUCCAGGCCCUGGGGGUUGUGCAGGUUCUAUUUCACCAUCUGCCCCAACCCCAGAGACCAAAGGGAGUUUUCCUUGUGUGGGAUCAGUGGCCAGGUUAAAGGAGAGACUGGCUAGCCUGGAGCCUUAACCUCUCCCACUCCAAUCAGAUGCUUCUUAGUUGCAAGGCCCAAGACUCGAGAGGGAUCAGGUCUUUUUUCAAAUCCUCUAGUCAGCCCCUGAGGCUUGGUCUAGAGAUUAUGGCCCUUGUAGGAGAGCUUCUGAGCAGCUCUCCCCAGAACAGAGCUGCCAGUCUGGCCAGCACUUGGCCUCUCACCAGCUCUUCCUUAUUUUUACAGAUAUUUUAUUUGUUCAUUUUAGCUGUUUUGUUAACACUUCGUACAGAAUGCUUUUUUAUAGAGGGCUGGCUGGGCCUUAGGACAAUCUACCUUACCAGCUGUCCCUUGCCAGGUCCCCCUAAGUCCCUUCAGGUAGAGCUAGGCUCCUACGUCAAGGCCACGAUAUAAGCUGUGGCUUGAGAGUACUGCUUUCAGGAGGGCAGGAGAAACAGGGUGGGGUGGGGUAUCUCAGAAGGACUACUGGGGGUGCCCCACGAGGAUCAAGCAGAAGUGUAGAGGAAGGGGAGGCCAGGGAGGCUGAGGGCAUAAGGGAAGUGUGAGGGCGGGUGGAAGGGGGGACGUUGGCUCUAUCAGGAGGGGACCCAUGCUGUGUCAUUCUGAGAUCUAACUGGACUAACCAAUAUUUAAAUUGGAGGAAGAGGUUGGGCCUGUACUGGAGAAGCCCUUGAGGACCCCCUAGCUGGUGUUGCUCCACGGAGGCAGUGAACCCAUAAGGACCUGAUAGUCAUUUGUAUCACAUUGUUCCCCACCUCUACUUUUUUGGGAAAUAAAAAAGAAAAAAAAAAGUAA